AUGAAAGAUGCUGAAAGAGCAAACCGCAACGUCGUAACCCUAGAUUAGAGUCAAGAUAUGGCUUCAUCGAUAUUAUUGUCAGUGCUGUUGGCUUUUGGGUGUCGAAUGGAUGUGGUCUGACUUCAUAAAAAUCCAAAGUUAUUCUCUUCUGAACCUUCCUCGCGCGUUAAUGGCUCGAAGAAGAUGGAAAUGCACUUUCACUGCUCCUUCCACCAGUGCAGAUAACUCCCACUGUGCAUCAGGUCAUCUCGAGAGACAAUGGUCGCGAUAAUAUUCAGAGCAGAAUCCGAAUCAACGCCAACGGCCAGCUCCACUCCAACUUCUUCUUCCAUUACUUCGGCUUCUACUAGUACAAGCUCUGCUUUAUCGACAGGAACAGACCCUGAUCCUGCAACGAAUGCACUCACCAAGAACGUGUUAGAAUGGAUAUUUCUAGCCCUGGUCGUUAUAUUCGUGAGCAGCGUCGUACAUCGUCGACUUCACGCUCUGAAACGAAAUGGGUUACCAAUCAAGUCGUUCUUCUCUGCCCGCAAUGUUCGGCGUGCCCCAAGCACCAAUCCUCGACCAAGUCGACCUUUCCCAUCGACUUUCAGCAGCUCAUUAUCCGCUUACGAUCUAGCAAACGUCCCGACUGCGUAUAAUCCAUUCGCUACCAUCUAUUCAUCAACGACACCCAGUAAUCGAACGCGAAACCAGACACGGGCGGCGGAUAUCGAUUCGGGCGGUAGACGGAUAGGAGAAGGUCCAAGCGACUAUCAUAAUGGAUUCGGCGACAGAAAGGACACACUGCCGGCCUACGAUAAGCAUGGUAGUCCUCCAGGUUACAUCGCCUCUUUGCCUGUGCUUCCGUCAUUGGGUUCAGCAGGAGAAGACAGGCGAAAUAUGGAGACGGGAGAAGCCGCGCCAAAUUAUAGUUUCCACGAGAUCCGCGAUACUUCUUGAAUCAGUUUGGAUAGGUCAUGAUUUUUUCCCUCGUUGCGUCCUUCGAAUAUGUGGUCUGUAUUGACAGUGCACAAACUCUGUUAACAUGCUGGGCACUUGAAUAACAAUCUUCCAACAGGAAAUAUGAAGGGAGUUGGUAGCAAGAAGUGUUUUAUCUCACAAAAUUUCGACCAGGUAAGAUGUUUUGCUACAAUUCGGUAUGUAUCUAGGACGCAAAGAAUAUAAUCGCGAAAA